AUGCUGUCUUCAAUUGAGCUGUUGGGUGAGAAAAUAGCCUUGCCAAAACUUGCUUGGAAAUAUGACGAGUUAGAGCCAUUUAUCUCGGGGGAAAUCAACCGGAUACACUAUGAGAAGCACCACCAAGCCUAUGUGGAUGGCUACAAUAAGUCUUUUCAACAGUUGAUCGAGGCUAAACUCAAAGGUGAUGUGAGUAAGGUUGUUGAGUUACAGUAUGCUAUCAAAUUUUUCGGUGGUGGCCAUGUCAACCAUGUUCUCUUUUGGAGAACGUUAUCGCCACCUUCGUGCGAGGGUGGUGAUAGACCUAGCGAAACGUCUGCUCUUGGUAAGCAAAUUACGGCCCAAUUUGGUUCGCUUGAGAAUCUCAUUAGUAUUACCAAUGCAAAAUUGGCAAGUAUCCAAGGUUCGGGUUGGGCUUUCAUUGUAAAGAACCCAGAGCUUGGCUCUAUUUUGGAGGUUGUAACCACUGCAAAUCAGGACACCGUCGCUGCACCUUUAGUGCCACUUAUCGCAAUUGACGCUUGGGAACAUGCAUACUAUUUACAGUAUCAAAAUGUCAAAGUGGAUUACUUUAAGGCUAUAUGGAACGUUAUCAAUUGGAAGCAAGCUGAGCGUGUAUUUGAGGCGAUUUGA